AUGACUAAAUUCAACCCAACUACAUGUGUUUCCACUAUCAUAGGAUCAGAUUUGACACAUCAGAGAGAAAGACCAGACUCAGAGGAACCAGAGCCAGGGACGUCCAAACCAGUAAGACGACACCAGUGCUCCCACUGUAGAAAGGGUUGUAACCGGUUAUGGGACCUGAAACAACACGAGAGAAUUCACACAGAGAAGCCUUAUCACCGCUCACAGUGCGGAAAGAGUUUCAACCUGCCGGGGGAGCUGAAAUGGCAUGAGAGAAUACACACAGGGGAGAAGCCUUACCACUGCUCCCAAUGUGGAAAGGGUUUCAGCGAGGCGGCGAAGGUGAAACGGCAUGAGAGAAUACACACAGGGGAGAAGCCUUACCACUGCUCCCAGUGUGCAAAGAGUUUUAACGAUUUAGGGAACCUGAAAAACCAUGAGAGAAUGCACACAGGGGAGAAGCCUUACCACUGCUCCCAGUGUGGAAGGGGUUUCAGCGAGGCGGCGAAGCUGAAACGGCAUGAAGGAAUACACACAAGGGAGAAGCCUUACCACUGCUCCCAGUGUGGAAAGGGUUUCAACCGGCCGGGGGAGCUGAAAUGGCAUGAGAGAAUGCACACAGGGGAGAAGCCUUAUCAUUGCUCCCAGUGUGGAAAGGGUUUCAACCGGCCUGCGGAUCUGAAACGGCAUGAGAGAAUACACACAGGGGAGAAGCCUUACCACUGCUCCCAGUGUGGAAAGAGUUUUAACGAUUUAGGGAACCUGAAAAAACAUGAGAGAAUGCACACAGGGGAGAAGCCUUACCACUGCUCCCAGUGCGGAAAGAGUUUUAACGAUUUAGGGAACCUGAAAAAACAUGAGAGAAUACACACAGGGGAGAAGCCUUACCACUGCUCCCAGUGCGGAAAGAGUUUUAACGAUUUAGGGAACCUGAAAAAACACGAGAGAAUACACACAGGUGAGAAGCCUUACCACUGCUCCCAGUGUGGCAAGUGUUUUAAACAGUUAGGGAACCUGAAAGAACACGAGAGAAUACACACAGGUGAGAAGCCUUACCACUGCUCCCAGUGUGGAAAGGGUUUCAGCCAGCCGUCGAAUCAGAAACGGCAUGAGAGAAUACACACAGGGGAGAAGCCUUACCACUGCCCCCAGUGUGGAAAGUGUUUCAACUGUUCAGGGGAGCUGAAAAACCAUGAGAGAAUACACACAGGGGAGAAGCCUUACCACUGCUCCCAGUGUGGCAAGUGUUUUAAACAGUUAGGGAACCUGAAAGAACACGAGAGAAUACACACAGGUGAGAAGCCUUACCACUGCUCCCAGUGUGGAAAGGGUUUCAGCCAGCCGGCGAAUCUGAAACGGCAUGAGAGAAUACACACAGGGGAGAAGCCUUACCACUGCUCCCAGUGUGUAAAGUGUUUCAACCAGCUGGGGGAGCUGAAAUGGCAUGAGAGAAUACACACAGGGGAGAAGCCUUACCACUGCUCCCAGUGUGGAAAGAGUUUUAACAAUUUAGGGAACCUGAAAAAACAUGAGAAAAUACACACAGGGGAGAAGCCUUACCACUGCUCCCAGUGUGGAAAGGGUUUCAGCCAGCCGGCGAAUCUGAAACGGCAUGAGAGAAUACACACCGGGGAGAAGCCUUACCACUGCUCCCAGUGUGGAAAGGGUUUUAACCAGAAAAGCUACCUGAAAAAACACGAGAGAAUACACACAGAGGAGAAGCCUUACCACUGCUCCCAGUGUGGAAAGAGUUUUACCCACUUGUGUAAUCUGAAAACACAUGAGAGAAUACACAUAGAAGAAAAGCUGUACCGCUGCUCCCAGUGUGGAAGGAGUUUUACCCACUUACGUAACCUGAAAACACAUGAGAGAAUACACACAGGGCAGAAGCCUUACCAUUGCUCCCAGUGUGGAAAUAAUUUUACCCACUUAAAUAACCUGAAAACACAUGAGCAAUUACACACAGGGGAGAAGCCUUACUGCUGCUCCCAGUGUGGAAAGCGUUUUAACCAGAAAAGCUACCUGAAAAAACAUGAGAAAAUACACACAGGAGAAAAGCCUUACCACUGCUCCCAGUGUGGAAAGCGUUUUAACCAGAAAAGCUACCUGAAACAACAUGAGAGAAUACACACAGGAGAAAAGCUGUACAAUUGCUCCCAGUGUGGAAAAGGUUGUAACCGCUUAAGUGACCUGAAACGACAUGAGAGAAUACACACAGGAGAAAAUCUGUACUAUUGCUCACAGUGUGGAAAGGGUUGUACCCACUUAGGUGACCUGAAACGACAUGAGAGAAUACACACAGGAGAAAAGCUGUACCACUGCUCCCAGUGUGGAAAGAUUUUUACCCACUUACGUAACCUGAAAACACAUGAGAUAAUACAUACAGGGGAGAAGCCUUACCACUGCUCCCAGUGUGGAAAGCGUUUUAUCCACUUAUGUAACCUGAAAACACAUGAGCAGUUACACACAGGGGAGAAGCCUUACCACUGCUCCCAGUGUGGAAAGAGUUUUAAUCAGAAAAGCUACCUUAAAAAACACGAGAGAUCACACACAGGGGAGAAGCCUUACCACUGCUCCCAGUGUGGUAAGGGUUGUAACCAGUUAGGGGACCUGAAACAACAUGAGAGAGUACACACAGGAGAAAAGCUGUACCACUGCUCCCAGUGU